AACCUCUGGCCACACCGAUUUCUGUCAAAUACCCAAAAGGAAAUGUUUGCGACCAGUUUGUGCCACAAAAAGUGGUAAAUACCGAGGAUGUGCCGUGUUCGCUGAGUCCCGUGCUCUCUACCCUCGCGACCAGUGAACGUGCUAACUCCGUCAAACUGCGCGCACUCCGGAAAGAGCGCCAGCCCUCGGACAGUAAACAAAACGAAUUUUGUUUUGUGGUUUGCAGCGACCAGAACCAACCAACCAACCAACCAAACAAACAAACCAAUAAGCAAACACACACCGACGCACCGAACGCACGCAGCCAGAAAAAAAAACAGGAAGCGCGUGACCGUCCAGGCACAGGAUCGUCGGGAUGUCGCAGGUGCUCAGCCCCCAGAAGCAGGGAGGUCCCUGCCCACGUCCUGUGGGUGUGGCAGCGGCCGUGGAGGUUGAGUCCUUGGACUACGCCAGCAACAGCAGCAUCAUGGAGUUCCUCGCCAAGGAGCAGGACUGCGGCCUGGCGGACCCCGACCCGGAGAGCAUUUUUCAGGAGGUCAGUCGCCUGUCCGACAGCAGCGACAUGCGCUCCGUGGAUGAGCUGCUGCAGGAGGCGGAACGGCUUAUUCAGCAGCAGCUGCGCUUGGGCGGCAUCGCCACAGAUUUGCAGGCGGCCGGAGACCAGGCUGUCAAGGGAGUGGAGGAUGGGGGAGGAGGAGCAGGCGCAGUGGGAGAAGCGUCCUCAUCGCCCCUCUCCUCGCCGCACAGCAGCAUCCGGCUGAACACCCGAUACACCCAUCGCAUUGAGCACGUGCCCAUUUCCGUUUCCAAACCGCCAAAGGCUAUCGUGGCAGUCGCCAGCAGAGCCACAUCCACCACCACCACCUUUACGACCAUAACCAGCACCAGCACCGCCACCUACGCCACGACCAUCACCCGGCCCCGGUCCUGCUCCAAGUCCUCGGCCUCGCCCACAUCCCUGGCCCAGACCCCGAACCCCGAGGCCAGCGGGGUGUUUGCCGAGUUCGUGGACAACCUGCCGUCAGAGUCGGUCAUUUCGGAGGAGUCGACGCCCAAGGACCUGGACCUGGACAUGGAGACCCACACGGCGGCCCUGGCCCAGCUGCAGCUGCAGAUGCAGGACAACACGGACGACGACGAGGACACGAUGGAGGAGAUCACCGAGGCGGAGGUGGACGCCGUAGUGGCCACCCAGGCCACCCUAGUGACGAGGAGCCACUCCUACAGAAGCCAGCCGCCCAUCAGGCCCAUGGCCAGCUACAGCGAGAAGGCGGUGGGCAGCUCACCCAAGCACCUGGUCAGCACCCUGACCUCCCCCAUCGAGCAGAUCGCCUGCAGCGUCUCCCGCGAGCACGCCCUCAAGCUGGAGAUCGAGCAGCUGCAGGAGCGGCUCAAGGACACCGAGGAGCGCCUGGCCUCCGUCCGGCUCCAGUCCGACUCCCUGUCGCAGACGCAGCGCGCCCUGCGGGAUCACAACGGCCGCCUGCAGGAGGAGUCCGAGAUGCUCAAGCUGGACGUCCAGCACCUGAACGAGUGCGCUGGGGUGCUGAGGUCCGAGCUGCAGGCGGCGCGCCGGGAUCGGAGCGAGGCACUGCAGCUGCAGAAGUCGCUGCGGGCCGAGCUGGAGGAGGCGCAGCAGGAGCGCCGGCGGACGGGCGAGGGCAAGGAGAAGGACGCCCGGGUGAUCCAGGACCUGCAGCGGCAGUGUCGCGAGAUGGAGCGGAUUCUGAUGCGCAAGCACCCGGACUCGGUCUCCGCCCUGAUAGUGGCUUCUAAGACGCCGGGCAUGUGCCCGCUGAACGACCAGGAGAACGUCAAUAGCCGCAAGCUGCUGGAGCAGCGCAUCGCCCAGCUGGAGUCGGACGCCAAGGAGCAAGACCGCAAGGCCCAGCAGAUCCUGGCCAAUGUCCAGGCGCGCUUCAACUCGGUCCAGGCCAAGUACGAGACCCACAUUGCGGAUCUGGAGACGCAGGUUCUGAGCCUCCAGGAGAUCAACACCAAGCUGAACGAGCAGAUCGAGUCCCAGGUGCGCACCCUGGACCGCUACAUGCAGAAGAGGGCCGACAGAUUCUACAACAACUGCACCCAAACGGAUCCCCUGGACGGGGAGGGGCAGGCCGGAGCUUCUGUGGGCGCCAUCAGCUCCACGACGGGCACCCAGACCCAGGCCGUUAAUGGAACGCGGGACCACAGCACCAAUACCAUAGGCUGCCCCUCGCCCGCCCUGGUCUGCCAUGCGCGCGACCACCACGGCCACGGCCACCAGCUGCACCCGCCGUCGGCGAGCAGCAGCACCAGCAGCACGGCCAACUCGACGCCCAACACCUCGCGCCCCAACUCGAAGCAGAGCGGCACCCAGCGCCGCUCCCCGCUGGCCAGUGCCGGGCCCUCUAAGCUGCCCAUCUCCCAGUCAGAGUCCACACUCUCGCUGCUCAGCCACGGGCCGGGUGGCGGCCCGGGUCUGGGCUCCAAGGAGGAGGCCCAGCUACUGAGCUCCAUGAGGAGCAUGCGCGUGGAUCUGGCCAUCAAGAACAAGGCCAUGCAGCGCCUCACCCGGGAGCUGGACGACUGCAAGAAGACCAUACGGAAGCUGCAGCGCGACAGGGACUCGGCCGCCGGGUGUGGCAGCAACGGCGGCAGUCUAGCAGGCAGCAGAAUGGACUUGAAGGCUCAGUCACCGGGGCAUGCCCAGGCCAGUGGCGGGGCCUCUCUAAGCGGAGGUCAGCGGCGUUAUGAUCACCACCACCAUAGUGACCACAUCCCGGCGGCCACCGAGAGCCAGGCCUUGAAGGAGGCCCAGAACAAGUAUCGCCUCCUGGAGGCCGACUACAAGACGCUCCACGACAAGCGACUGCAGGACCUAAAGACCCUGCAGAGUGCCCAUGACCGGGAGCUGGCCUCCUGCAACGAGACUGUCCGGAUACUGCAGCAGCGCCUCAACGAGCGGGAGGAGGCCUUCGCCACCCAGAAGCGGCGCAAGGUGCCCGUGGAUUACUACGCGCUCAAGGCCAAGGUAUCCCUGCUGGAGCGCCGGCACUCGGAGCGUGAGGAGCGACUGCACAUGCUGGUGGAGGCCCUGAGCAAGGGACGCCUCAAUGGAGCCCUGGAGGACAUGCUGCAGGAGAACAACAACAAGUAGGGGGAGGGAGGGGGUUCAGGAUGAGAUUAUUUAAGCCACAUUGCCAUGUUCAAUGCCAGCCAAUUCGACUAGAGUCCGUCUAAGCACUACAACACAUCCAAUGGUAACAUACCUAUAUCUUAGGAGAGCGGGGGACACACACAGGGCGGGAUGGGACGGGGUCUUGGCUCGCUCCGGAGGGCAGACCACUCACUGACGCUCCUUGCGAUUUUCUAACCAAAGCCCACUGGGCAGUUCCAAUGUGUUCAGCAAAACGAAACAAUAAGUAGCCAGCCAGCCAGCCAGCCAGCGAAGUAGGUAGUUUUAAGAUCCUUCCUGCCCUCCAUAGACGGGCCAAGAUCCAGUCCAUUUAUUCUGUUCACAGGGGGAAGCACACAGAUCCGAGCUGGAG